AUGACCACUGUGACGUCUUCGCCAAACGGUACCGGUAAAUUGUGGUAUUGCACAAACGAGCGUCUUCGUCGUGAGUUCUUCCACACAGGUGCCUCCAUACCACCCAUUCAACCACAUCCCGAAGAAACUGAAAAUUCACAAGGAUCAAUUAAAAACGAUAGUGUUAUAUCAACACAAAAAAAGUUACAAAUUGAUUUCCAAGAUAGUCAAAUUGAUGAUCAAAUGAAUGGUGUUGUAAAUAGCAAUGUGCAAAAUGAUAUGGAUGAGGAAAAUGAUACUGAAGUAAAGCAAGACGAAGAAGAAAAAAAUCAAGAAAUAAAGAUUAUAAAUAAGCAAAAAUUUGAAUCUCGUAAUAGAUCUCAUUUAAAAAAUUUUGAAAAACUCAAAGCUGACAACGAAGAUGAGGAUGAAAAGGAGGAAUUAGAUAAUGAGGAGGAGCAAGAAGGCGCGGAAGAAAAAGAAUAUGUAAAUAAACCACAACCUAGAUUUCAAUUACCUAAAAUUACAAGAACCUUAAGAACAAAAAGAGUCAUUAUUCAACCUAGCAAACCUUCUAGAAAAUCAUUGCGUCAUUCAAAAGAAACAUUGAAUAGUAAUGAAUCAUUGGUACAAGAUUUUAAAGGAAGAGAUGUCGUUUUUGUUGAUCCUUUGGAUAAAAAUGCCGGCUUUUGGUGGCCUGCGAUGAUUGUUCCAAAUGACGAACUUGACGAGAGCAUGGAUUUUGAUUGUGAUAUUGAUCAUUUGUUACUAGAAGGAAAUUUUCUUGUAAAAUAUUUCGAGGAUAUGACAUAUUCUGUAGUAGAGCAUAAAGGAUUAAAGCAUUUCAUGUUGGGCGAUGAGCCUUACUUGACUUUUGUAAAAAAAAAAGGAUUUCUUGAUCAUAUUGGAGUUAAGAGAGCUCUCAAAUGCAUAAAAAAUAAUGGCGAGCCAUCUAAAAGUUUUCAAUGGGAUUAUUGGAAAAAUCCACUUGGAAAAACGAAAGAUAACAAACGGUCGGUAACUAACCGCAGAAUUAUUGCUACUACUACAAGUAAUAGGGCGAUAAGUAGGUCAUUUGCAGCAUCUAAACCAAAUAAUAAAAAAUAUAAAAAUAAAGACAGCAUACAAACCAAAAGGUUUUCCGAUAUCACGCCCCCAUCAUCAAUUCGACAAAUUAAAAACAAAUCAAAUUGUAAUAACAAUGAUCACAAUCGUCACUCAUCCAAAUCAGCUAAUACGCACCAACUUAACAAAUCUUAUAAUCGUAAAUCUAUGAAACGAAAUCAUAGUAGCAUUUCACUUAAAUCUGAAUUUGAAAAUGUUACCAAGAUUACUACUCAUCAUAAUUCCGCCUAUUCCAUCGCGCCAAAAUCUCGUAAGCUGCGACACACUUCAGAAAUUGAUUUGAUGGAUGAAGAUUCCAAAACUGAAACGUAUUCAGAUGUUACAAUUGAAGAAGAACAUAAUAAUUAUUCAACGGAUGCAUUUAAAAUAGAAAUUCCACUAAUUCCACAAAUAUCAAUCGAAAAUUUGAGUGAAGAAGCGCGAACGAAUCUUUCCAGAUUCAAUUUUAAAGACCCUGAUCUUGAUAAAAAAGCCAAAGAGAAGCUUUAUGAGGAAGCAGAGGAAAAAUUAAGGUCAUUAUGUAAAGAGUAUCGUACAGCUAUGAAGGAUUUAAAAAAAAUGGAAAAGGAUUUAUUCAUGAGAAAAGGAAAACGGUAG